CAGAAUGCUCUCCUUGAUCCUCUCCGCAGAACUCAACGGAGUCAACGAGCUCCGUCCCAAGGACACCGAGGAGGAGCCCUACUACUACACCUUCAAGGUCCAAUGCACGAGCUGUCGUGAGGUUCACCCCAACCCCGUCAGCUUCACCCGCUUUGAGCAGCACGAAAUCCCCGGAAGUCGGGGCGAGGCCAACUUUGUAUGGAAAUGCAAGCUCUGCCAGAAAACCCACUCUGCCUCAAUCAUCGCGGGCCCCAACGCCUACGAGGCGAAUGACAAGCGCACUGGCCAGAAGGUCAUUGACAUCGACUGCCGGGGUCUGGAGUUUACCGAAUUCAAGGCCGAUGGCGAGUGGCUGGCUAAGGGUGUCGAGUCGAACACCCCGUUCACCGACAUUGAUUUGUCCGAGGAGUGGUAUGACUACGAUGAGAAGGCCGGCGAUGAGGUUUCUAUCAAGGAGAUUUCCUGGAUGGUGGGAAGAUCCUAGAUGUCUUCUAUGACCUUGAUGGGGGGGAUCUUAGGUUUUUUCUUUUCUCUCGUGUACAUUUGCGGCGUUUUAGCUGAGCUCAACAUAACAUUUUGACAUUCGGUGUCAUUGUUCCCAUAUUUCUG